AUGGCCAGCAACGAGGCCGUUGAGUUCAAGCUCUGGCCAUACACGCCCUCGCUUGCUGGCGGCGUCAUCGCCGUCAUCGUCUUUGCCCUCCUCUCCAUUGCUCACAUAAUACGCCUCAUCAAGUCGCGGACCUGGUUCUGCAUACCCUUUGUUGUCGGCGCAAUCUUCGAAACAAUCGGCUACAUCGGCCGCACCGCUGCGCAUUCUGACACGACGUCCAUCGGGCCCUACGUCUGCCAAUCGCUGCUGAUCCUGCUCGCGCCCAUCCUCUUCGCCGCUUCCGUCUACAUGAUCCUGUCGCGCAUCGUGCGGCGCUGCGGUGCCGAAUCCUACUCGCUGAUCCGCCCGCAGUGGGUCACGCGCAUCUUUGUCGCCGGCGACGUGUUGUGCUUCCUCAUGCAGAGCUCCGGCGGCGGGCUGCUCGCCAAGGCCAAGAAGCAGAGCGACGUUGACUUGGGCGAGCAUGUCAUUCUUGGCGGCCUGAUCUUGCAGAUUUUCAUCUUCGGCUUCUUUGUCGUCGUGGCAGGCGUGUUCCACAGCCGCUUGCGCCAGAAGCCGACGGUCGAGGCUGCGGAUCCGGGGCUGCCGUGGGAGCGAUACAUGAUUCUGCUGUACACGGCCAGUGGCUGCAUUACUGUUAGGAACGUUUGCCGUGUUGUCGAGUAUGGGCUCGGUCGGGACGGCUACCUCUUGACCCACGAGUGGUGUCUAUACCUCUAUGACUUCAUCCUGAUGGCUAUUACCUUGUCUGUCUGCCUGAUGUGGUAUGAUAGGAACGUUCAGCCACAGAAGAGGGAUUCCUACGAGAUGGCACACGUUGAUUCGCAGAAGGACAGCGUGUGA